AUGAAGAAACACCUCACCAUUGUGAUCAAGCUCGGCACUUCCUCCAUAGUCGACGAGCAGACCCACGAGCCUCUACUGGCAACCCUGUCCACGAUCGUCGAGACUGCGGUCGGUCUGCGCCAUGAUGGACACCGAGUCGUUAUUUGCUCCUCUGGAGCCAUUGGAAUGGCCCUGCGGCAGAUGGACAUGGACCGAAGACCAAAGCAUCUCCCACAAGUCCAAGCGCUGGCAGCUAUAGGACAAUGCAAGCUCAUGGCCAUGUGGGAUCAGCUCUUCUCGCAUAUGCGCCAGCCAGUCGCCCAGAUCCUGUUGACGAGGAACGACAUUGCCGAUCGAACGCAGUACCUCAACGCGCAAAACACCUUCUCUGAACUGCUCCACAUGGGCGUCAUACCGAUCGUCAACGAGAAUGAUACCCUUUCUGUGCAAGAGAUCAGGUUUGGUGACAACGAUACUCUGAGCGCGAUUACGGCGGGCAUGGUCUCAGCAGACUAUUUGUUCCUCAUGACAGACGUGGACUGUCUUUAUGACAAGAACCCUCGGACAAACCCAGACGCCAAGGCAAUCGAGGUGGUUGAGGAUAUUGGGGAACUGGCAGCAGAUACAUCGAGCGCUGGAAGUGCACUUGGCACAGGAGGCAUGAGCACAAAGAUCGUUGCAGCUCGACUGGCGACUGCAGCUGGCGUUACGACUGUAAUCACGAGGAGCAGCAAUCCUGGAAACAUUGCAGCUAUCGUGAGACACGCGGAAGCCCAAAAGAGCGCUGCCCGAAGCAUGGAGAAUAGCGGAGACCUCGCUGCCUCGCACGAAAGCAUAGAUGCUCAGGUCCACAAGACAGACGUCGUGAAUGGAGACGCGGACCUGAAAUUAGACGAGCCUGGCCUACCUCCACUGCAUACACGCUUUCUCCCAGAUCUACAGCCCAUUCGAGAUCGCUACUUCUGGCUGCUCCAUGGGCUCGCAUCCCAUGGCACACUCUACAUCGACGAAGGCGCACAUAAUGCAGUCGCAGCCAAGGCUGGUCUCUUGCCUGUUGGAGUGGUAGAUGUUGAAGGAAGCUUUGGGCAGGACGAAUGUGUGAGCAUCAAAGUGCUUCCAUCUCGACAUGCUCCACUUAGCAGCGCAGAAGACGUUGGCAAGGCGGUCGUGAACUAUUCUGCGGCUGAGAUCAAGAGGAUUCGCGGUGUGAGGAGUAGUCAAAUCUCUGAGAUUAUUGGGUACGCUGAUUCGGAGUACGUGGCUUUCAGGGACAGCAUUGCACUGUACAAGCGGGAGAUAAGCCGUCCGGUUACGCCCAUGACGGAUGAGACGAAGCGCUGGAGUAUUGGAAGCCUUGCACGUUAUUCUGAGGGUUAA